AUGGAUCGAGAGUACAUGCUGGGCUCCACUCCCCGAGGGAACCAUUGGAUGGGGGCUUCUUCGACCAGCUCUGCAUAUCGCCCCAGUGCAUCUUCAACAAGUCAGCAAAGGCGAUUUCGUCAAUCUCCCAGUUACGAUGGAUCCGGUCCAUUCAUUACACAGAGCUCUCGGAAUGAACAGUUAGACAGUGUAAAAUACACUCCGAGCUCGCAGCGAAAAUAUUCUACCGAUCCUCAGCCAUUACCAUUGAUAUCGCCAGAGGUAGUAGACAUAUCAAGGCAGCGAGCGUUGGCUCUUCUCGUAUUUGCCAUUAUUCAAGGGUACAAGAUUUAUGAUCUAAUUCUACUGAAGAAAGGUUUGCCUGUGUUAGGGCUGCUAUUCAAUGGCUCAAGGAUCAACUUUAUCAUCAAAUAUUUCCUCAUUGACUCCAUGUUUCUGUAUUUCUUACCCACUUUCAAGAUCCCAAAAUUAUGUUUCAAGUCCUGGGCCGUAUUUGUCCAACUUGUGGUUAUGACAUUACUUACCAUUCUGAUAUCCAGUGAACAAGAAUUUGUACUACUAUCCGUCAUUGCUUCCGCUUGGAGGAAGUUCAACACAAAGGAGAUGAGUCUCACGGGGUCUGCGGUCAAUAUGAGAAAGAUAAUGGAUUCGUCAUCUCAUUUCAAGGGUGCUUUGACUAUAAAGAUCUUGCCUGAAAAUACGGCUAUGCUCAACCCCUUGCAUGAUUCCUACUGCCUACCGAUGGACACCAAUCUAUUACCAGAGGGCCACAUAAAGGUUCCUAUCAGAAUUAAUUCAACUGCAGAUAUUUCAUUGGUGCAGGUUGAGUUCAAGGAUAUGUAUACUCAAGCCACAGAGUUGAGAAAUCUGACGAGCAAACAAUUCCGGAUUGUUAAUGACUUGUCACAUCUGUUACCUAGAGACAAAUUGAUGAGGCAAAAGGUUCAGGAUACUUCAACCAUUCGUUACGUGGAAUUACCAUUGAAAGAAGUCGGAUUUUACCAAAUAAAGAAAAUUGUUGAUUCCAAGAAUUUCAGUCUCAAAAUCUAUCAAUCUCAUCUCAUAGUCUCCCAUUGUCCUGUGGCAGCCAUUACAGGUUUGGGGAAUUUCGACAGGUGUGUUGGGGAUUCUGAUAAAGUUUCCAUUGACGUUCAGGGUGUUCCGCCCAUGAAGCUGUCAUACACGAAGAGCAUCAACGGUAAAGCGCAAACGUAUGUGGAUUCAAAUUUGGUGCCAGAGUUCUUCGAAACGCCACUUCAGUCGACGAGAAAGCAGAUCUUUUCCGCCACUGAUCUACAAGAUUUGAGAUGGUGUCGCAGUUAUCCUGUGACGAUCAAUCUCGAUACCCCAGCUUCCCAGGAUGGACACUAUACAUAUAAUAUUGAUAAAUUGGUCGACGGUUUGGGUAAUGUUAUGGAUUUUACUAAGAUACCGUCAAGCCUUCAAAAGGACUAUCAACUUUCUUACAACUUUAAUGCUCAUGGGAUUCCAAGAGCCUCUUUAGAGGAGAAGUUUGAUUCCAAGUCAUCAACUAAGAGAUCAAUGGUAAUCAAAUUUGAGCAUGCCCAUGACUGGAGUUCUUCUGCCCCCUACUUUGCGAAUGUGUCCUUCAUUGACGAGAAUCAAAAAUCUCAGACAAAGACUUUCUCAACAAAACAUCAUUCGCACCAAUUUGAGGCCGAAUUCCCAGGAACUUACAGGCUCGAAAGUGUCAGCUCUAACCAUUGUCCCGGAGUAGUGAUGGGUAAGUCUAGCAUCCUCGUGACGAGACCUGUUCCACCCCAGUUGGACAUCAAAUCUGUCCCAAUACUCGAUCAAUGUGUGGGUCAAGUCGGCUUGAAUUUCGAUUUAACUUUCACUGGCGCGCCUCCAUUCCACUACAAGGCUAUGAUAUACAAAUUGGAAAAGAAUGGAAAGCGUAAACUGUAUGACACAAAGAGGUACUCCUCAGAAGGCACAAGAAGUCAAUUCAGCUACAGUCCAUCUACUGAAGGGAAUUAUGAGAUUGUGUUUGACCAUUUGACCAAUCAACUCUUCCACGAGCCUAUAGUUCUUGAGCCACGAAGCAAAUAUACAUUCAAGACUUCUAUGAGGGUUAAGCCAAGUGCUCAAUUGAAGAGAGUUAAAGAAGUCAAUCUAUGUUUGGGGGAGCAAACGAAAAUCCCAGUGACCUUCCAUGGAGAGCCUCCAUUUGCGCUGAAUUACGAUAUACUUGAAACAUCUUCUAAUAAGAGAAGCUCAUACCGUGUUGACAAACUACAUUCUUAUGAGCAUGAGAUUGAAAUCCCACGAUUUGAGGUGGGUGGUGAUUACAUCAUUUCUCUGGUGUCUGUGAAGGACUCUUCAGGAUGCCUUGUCGGUCUCAGUGAGCCAGAUGCCAGAAUCAAGAUCAGAAGAGAUGUUCCAUCUGCUUCUUUCAAUCUGUUAGACAAUUCAAAUGAAGCUAAAAUUAAAGAGGGAUCAUUCGCUGAGAUUCCUAUCAAACUAUCUGGUGAGGCGCCUUUUGUACUCAAGUAUCAGCAUUUGGAUUCAUCAGGUCAAGUUCUCGGUACAUAUGAGAGUCAGUUUCACUCAAGUCACAAACCAGCUUUGAAAGCCGGAAAGGCUGGACGCUAUAGACUAGUAGGUAUCCGUGAUGCUAGUUGUAAAGGAGAAAUAGAAACCCCUGAUGCGCAAUUUCAGAUAUGCUUCCUGGACAAGCCUAAAUUUACGGUAUUGGAUAACUCAAGAAUAAGCAAACUGGCUGACACAACUUUCGCAAAGCAGAGUGUCUGCCAAGGUGUUGAAGGCACUGUAGAUCUAGCAUUAUCCGGUUCUCCUCCUUUCUUUCUUAAAUUCGACCUAGUCACUCCAAGUGGCAAAUCAUACACUAAAAACAUCCAAGUCGCUACGAAAUACGCCACAAUCAAAUUACCAAAUGAUGAGCCUGGUGAAUAUGUCGUGAUCAUUGGCGCUUUACAUGAUUCAAACUAUGGGGAAGAGGAUUUUGCCAACGCCGGCUACAUUGCACCAGAAGUCGUUGUUAAGCAGAAGGUUAACCCGUUACCAGAAGUGAAAUUCUCUGACUCCGGCAAAACCUAUAGAGCCUGCUCGACAGCUGUAAAUGAAGAGAAUUCUUCAUUGGAGCGUAUUGGGGUUAAAUUCCAUCAUGGGGAGGCUCCUUUCUCAGUAACCUUCAACAUUUACCAUGAGAGUACCAGCAGAUCUGAACAUGUCACAAUCCAAGACAUUCAGCCGGGAUCGUUCCCUUACAGAAAACUAUAUGAAGGUCUCAAUCUUGGCACUCACCUUGUGGCUAUUGAAAGAAUUGUCGACGCUAAUGGAUGCACUAAUGAGAAGAUUGCUUCUAGUAACGAUCACAUUUCAAUUUCCAUUACCGAUGUUCCCAAAAUUCAUUUACUAGAUUCUUCAGCAGAGUGUUGUGUCGGAGACUACGUCGCAUAUCAACUAAGUGGCAACGCUCCUUUCAAUAUAAGAUAUGAAUUCAAUGGGGCACAACUGAAACUAAAAGAGCAUACCUCUCAGUUUGUAAGACUGGCCUCCGAGCCGGGCACAAUAUCAAUUCUCUCCAUUGGAGAUGCAACGUCACAGUGCGUGGUCGACUUCAGGAAACAAAAUAUGAAGAAAGAGUUUGAAAAAUUAUCGCUUUUGAUCCAUCCAAUACCAUCUGUCACUGUCUCUCAGGGACGCAACAUUGUUGAAGACAUUCAUGAAGGUGAUCAAGCUGAAAUCAUCUUCUCAUUCGAAGGUAGUCCACCGUUCUCCUUAACUUACGUAAGGACAGAAGAAGCAGAAGGAACUCUGGGCAAGGGCAGGCCUCAGAUUGUGGAAACUCAUAAGGUCACCGAUAUAUAUUCCUAUGAGUACAAGGUCGUUACGAGCUUGCAGGGGACUUAUGAGGCAAUCGAAAUAUCUGACGCAUUUUGUUUUGCCAAGAAUGAUGCAUUUUUCAAUCAUUGA